AUGGCUUCCAACAUGGAGUGGUCUCCCGACUUCUGCCUCUCCUGCGACCGCCAGAUAGCCGAAGGCGGUGCCUACUGCUCGCAAGCAUGCCGACUAGCAGACCUGGAGAAGGCCAAAUCACCCUCACAGCUGUCUUCGUCAGCCUCCUCGACGGGCUCGUCAACCAACGGCUUCUACCUCCCACCCGCAGUCAACUUCUCCGCAUACAAGACACCGACACCGUCGAGGGGAUUCGACACAUCCUACCACUAUUACCCCACCAACAACGGCACCUACUUCGCACCCACGGCGUCGGCAUCUCAAUCACAGCAUCAACAACGCAGCCUCACACCCUCGUCUUCACGGUCGUCGUUAGCGUCUGCUCACUCCCAGACGACGGGCAUCUCCGCUCAAGCAGCGAGUCAACUCAACUAUUACGCCCGAAACUUCGACCAGGUUCGCGAGAUCAAGAGAAGGAUGACCUAG